AUGGCUACCCAGCACCUUUGUCUCCUGCUUUUCACCUCCUUGCUGGCCCUGGCAGCAUCUUUUCCUAGGCUGGACAUCACAAACUUUCACCUCCUCAAUGGCUCACUGGAUGAAGUUAUGAAUGCUCCCCCAGAGUCCCCCGAGCCCGAUGAUGAUGACAACCAUGUUCGACAGGUCAGAGACAUUGCCCACCACCCACCGGCAGGCCAUGGUUGGCCCAAGGACUGCAGUGAGAUCCCCGCUGGCAGCCGCAGCGGCGUCUACAUCAUCCAGCCAAAAGGGCUCCACCACCUCGUGGUCUACUGUGAGAUGAAUGUGACACACGGGGGCUGGACGGUCAUCCAGAGGAACCAGAAAGACACACCGGUCACCUGGGCCGAGGCUUGGAGCACCUACAAGUACGGCUUUGGGAACGUGCGCACUGAGUACUGGCUGGGCACCGAGUACAUCCAUCAGAUCGCCAAGCAGAAGGUCUACCAGGUCAGGUUUGUCAUCCAGGACUCCACAGACAGCAUCCAGAUUGCAGACUACAACCUCUUCAGCGUGGAAGAUGAGUCCCACGGCUACCGGCUGAGGCUGGGCUCCUACUCAGGGACAGCGGGAGAUGCCAUGACCACAGACAAUCCCAAGACCAUGCACGACAACAUGAAGUUCUCCACAAAGGAUCAGGACCAGGACACUUACAGUAAGAACUGUGCCUACAGCUACGAGGGCGGGUGGUGGUUCUCGGCGUGUUAUUCUGUGCGGCUGAAUUAUAAGGGUGGCUUGACAUGGGGCAACCUCUGCAAAGGGAACUGCAAAUCCUCCCUUAUUCGUAUCAAACCAGCUUCGUAUUGUUAG